ACUUGUUCCCUGCGGGGCUCUUUUAGUUUGUUUUCUCACAUUUUUUCAGAAAUCCAAAGUAGCUCUCAUCAUGAGAUGCUGCGCUUUAGCUCUGUGUUUAGUUUUGGGGAUAAGCAUCCAGGACGGAUGGAGCCUUCCCCUCAAGACUGUCAGCGUCAUCUUCCCAGGAGACAUCCUCAAAAACAGGACUGAUUCGGAUUUGGCAGAAAAUUAUCUGCAGAGGUUUGGCUACUUGGACACCUUGCACCGCAGUGGCUUCCAGUCGAUGGUGUCCACCUCCAAGGCUCUGAAGAGGAUGCAGAGGCAGAUGGGGCUGGAAGAGAGUGGAGUGCUGGAUAAAUCCACCCUGGAGGCCAUGAAGCGGCCUCGCUGUGGGGUUCCCGAUGUGGCCAACUUCCAAACCUUUGAGGGAGACCUCAAAUGGGACCACAAGGACGUCACUUAUAGAAUCCUUAAUUAUUCUCCAGACAUGGAGAGCUCCCUGAUUGACGAUGCAUUUCACAGAGCCUUCAAGGUGUGGAGUGAUGUGACCCCUCUAACUUUUACACGCCUCUUUGACGGAACAGCCGACAUCAUGAUUUCAUUUGGUAAAGGAGACCAUGGAGACCCUUACCCAUUCGAUGGUAAGGAUGGCCUUCUGGCUCAUGCUUAUCCCCCUGGGGAGGGAAUUCAGGGAGACGCUCACUUUGACGAUGAUGAGAACUGGACCCUGGGUAAAGGACCAGCUGUGAAGACGCGCUACGGGAAUGCGGAAGGUGCCAUGUGCCACUUCCCAUACACUUUCGAGGGCAAGUCCUACACCACCUGCACCACUGACGGCCGCACAGACAACCUGCCAUGGUGCGCCACUACAGCUGAUUUCGGCAGAGACAAAAAAUAUGGCUUCUGCCCAAGUGAACUUCUCUUCACAAUUGGAGGGAACUCAGACGGAGCUGAGUGUGUCUUCCCCUUCAUCUUUCUGGACCAGGAGUAUGACAAAUGUACCACAGAGGGCCGCAGUGAUCGUUACCGCUGGUGUGCCACAACAGGCAACUUUGACAAAGACCAGAAGUAUGGAUUCUGUCCCACUCGAGACACCGCUGUUACUGGUGGCAAUUCAGAGGGAGAGCCCUGCCACUUCCCCUUUGUGUUCCUGGGAAAAGAGUAUGACUCCUGCACCAGUGAGGGACGAGGAGAUGGCAAGUUGUGGUGCAGUACCACUGACAACUAUGACGAGGACACGAAAUGGGGUUUUUGUGCUGACCAGGGUUACAGUCUGUUCCUGGUGGCAGCCCAUGAGUUUGGUCACGCUCUCGGCCUGGAUCACUCCAACAUUAGAGAGGCUCUCAUGUACCCCAUGUACAGCUAUGUGGAAAACUUCUCCCUGAACAAAGAUGACAUCGAAGGCAUUCAGUAUCUCUAUGGCCGAACAGGCCCGGAUCCCACCCCUCCUCGGCCCAACCCCCCCACCACUGCCCCCCAGCCAGAACCCAAACCGACUGGAACCACCACCACACCUCAACCUGUGGAUCCAACCAGGGAUGCUUGCAAGUUGCACAAAUUUGACACCAUCACUGCAAUUGGUGAAGAACUACACUUUUUUGAGAACGGAAAUUACUGGAAGAUGCCCAGCAGUGGUGAUGGAGCAGUCAAGGGACCGUUUUCUCUUUCUGAGGAGUGGCCAGCUCUGCCAGCUGUCAUUGACUCUGCUUUCCAGGACCCACUGACCAAGAAGAUCUACUUCUUCUCAGGGAACAGAUUCUGGGUGUACACAGGGGAGAGUGUUCUGGGGCCCCGCAGCAUUGAGAAGCUCGGCCUCCCCGGCAGCAUUCAGAAGGUGGAGGGAGCGCUGCAGAGAGGGAAGGGCAAAGUGCUGCUCUUCAGUGGGGAGAACUUCUGGAGACUUGACAUGAAGGCCCAGAAAAUCGACAACGGGUACCCCAGGUUCACAGAUGUCGUCUUCGGUGGCGUCCCCAAUGACGCUCAUGAUGUAUUCCAGUACAAAAGUCACAUCUACUUUUGCCGGGAAAGCUUCUACUGGCGUAUGAACUCCCGCAGACAGCAAGGAGAUACUCAUGGCGCCCGACUAGAAAGAGGCAAGAAUUAUCGGUUAGUAAUUUGUGUCGUGUUUGGCGCCUCUGCACCAGAGGACACCGAUCUGCGCGACAACACACGGUAAGGAAAAAGCAACACGACAGAGGCAGGAAAACAAAGCAGGUCUGCCAGCUACGUGCUAGCGUUAGCUGCCCUGCUGCUCGGGGAGCUAGCGCUAGUGUCCGAUGACAUUGAGGCUCUGAGGCCCAAAGAUGUCGAUUUCCGUGUACAAUCGCGGAUAGUAAUGGAUUCCGAGGAGAAUGAGGUGGAGAGCAGCAGUGAUGCAGGCCCCUCAGGGAUGGAGGAGCCAUCCGAAAGCGGCAUGGGGAUGGAGUCAUCCGAGGCCAUGUCUGCAGACAGCAGUGAUGCUGCUGCCUCUCAUACACAGGCCCCAGAGUCGGACUGCCAUGUGGGACAGAGCUCAGAGGGAGUUGUGGUGUUCAUCCCGGAAACCAGCUCCAGUACAGAUGUCAGAGUUUCAUCGGUCCACCUCCCCGACUCUUCCUCAGUGGCCCAGUCCACCAGCGUGUCCAGUGUCUCCACGGUGACCCAGUCAGUGCUGGUGUCUGGGUCAGCCCAAGUGCUGGUCCACUCCAGCGCGGUAUCUGAAGGAGCCAUGAUGGUUUCUGACUCAACUGCUUCUACCUCGUCAGACCUGGGGUCUGCCAUUGACAAAAUCAUAGAGUCCACCAUUGGGCCUGAUAUUAUGAAUGGUUGUGUAGCUGUGACCAGUGCAGAAGAUGGGGCUGCAGAAACAACCCAGUAUCUGAUAUUACAAGGACCAGAUGACGGUGCUCCUAUGGUAGCUCAUAUGUCAUCUUCAGCCCAGUCCAAUCGUAUAGCCAUAGAAGCUCUCCCUGAAGGUCCCACAUCCACCUGUCUGGACCAGGGGGACCUGCAAGGCAACCUCGACCAGCCUGAUGAUCAGCCUGGACACUCGGGUUACCCAGAGGACAGCAGCAGUCAGCCUGACCAGCCCCAGCAAUCCCACCCCUCCCAGUACAUGGACUGCAGUGCAGAUGGCCCUGACCAGACAGGGGAGUCCUCAUCUUCCUAUGUGGAGUGUUCGGGCGAGGAACCUGACCAGACACGCUCCCAUUCAGGCUUCCCUGACUACAGUGGGGAUAACAGUGACCAGGACCUGCCUGGAUACGUGGAAUGCAGCGGAGCUGACUCGAACGCUACCAGCCAAGGUCACUAUGUGGUAGAGUGCAGCGCUGGGUAUCUUGAGUGUGCAGAGGACGAUGGACAGCAGCCUCAUCAUUCACGCAGUUACAUUGACAGCAGUGCAGACCACCGCACCUUGAUAAGCCGGCAGUAUGGGGCAGAGUAUGGCGCAGAAUGUAUUGCAGCUGCAGACUCUGAGCAGCCGGGUUGUUCUCAGUACCAAGCUGGGGACGAUGAUGAUGACGAAGAUGACGAUCAGAACCAGGAUCCGGAUCAGCCACAGCACUCCCGACAGCAGCCGCAGCACUCCUGUUACAUGGAGAGCAGCAAUGGCCCAGAGGCCUCGCUCUAUGCUGAUGACAGCUCCUCAUCAGACCACCCUCUGGCAGACACAGCGGGUUCAGGCGGGCUUCCGGAGGCCCUGGAGAGCAGUGAGAGCCAGUCUGGGCCCUAUAUCAGCAGCAGUGGGACGUAUAACUCAAAUCCAGAGCCUGAACCGGCUCAACAGUGCUCACCCAGCCAUGAAGAGCCGCAGGGUUCCCAGGGGCCUCAGAUUGAAGCUGAGCUGGUCAGGGAGAUGGAGACAUCAACAGUAGCAGACGUGCCAGGGGACAGAGCACCUAACCUGGCUGAGCUGGAGGAGAUGAUGGAAGUAGUGAUUGUACAGCAGUUCAAGUGUAAGAUGUGUCCAUACAAGAGUGCUUCCAAAGACACACUCAUUAACCACAUGAGAGACAAACACUUUAAACCUGCAGGGAACGUGCCAAAGAAACGUAAACGUGGACGACCUCCUAAAAGUGAGACGUUGGCCCGUCGCCAGGCAGAGAGGGAGGAAGCUGAGGAACGAAAGGCAGCAAAGGUGAAGGCUGCAGAGCCCCACCAGGCAGAGGAAGACGAGGAUGAUGUUGUGGAUGCUGGUGCUAUUGACGAUCCUGAAGAGGAUAGUGACUACAGCCCAACAGAAGAGAACUGCAAAGAAAGACCACCUGCCCUACUGAAAAAGCCCACUCCCCCUAUUUCCUCGUCCUCUCACGGUCGUCCACGACGUAAGGUUGGUCGUCCGAGGAAGUACAGCUCUUUAGAAGACGGCUACAACAGCAGAGAUUCUGAAAGUAUUGCUAAGAAGCCCAGGGUUAGCGCUGAUGCUAGUGCUCCUGAAGAGGCGAGCUCUUCCGGGUUAGGCAGCGGUUCUGCUGUCGCGAUUGAUGGGGACACUGCUGAGGCCACAAUAAGCCAAUCUGACUCUGAGAACAAAGACCCUUCAUCCAACUCUCAGCCAGAGGAGGAGUUCUUCCAGAGGAAACGGGGCCGACCCUCCAAGCGCUUCCUUCGCAAGAAAUAUAAGAAGUACCUAAAUCGAAAUCGUUACUAUAAAUCCCUCAAACCUCUCCUGAGACCUCACAACUGCUGGAUCUGUGGCUCGCGCUUCCUCACUCAGGAAGAUUUGCGUUUCCAUGUGGAUUCUCACGAGGGCAAUGACCCAGAGCUGUUUAAGUGUCUCCAGUGCAACUAUCGCUGCAAGCGCUGGUCCUCACUCAAGGAACACAUGUUUAAUCAUGAGGGUAUCAAGCCUUUCAAGUGUGAGGAGUGUGAUUACACAAGUGUCUACAGGAAAGAUGUACUUCGCCACGCAGCAGUCCAUAACAAAGACAAGAAGAGAAAGACAGAGUUGGUACCAAAGGUGUCAGAGUUCCCCUGCCCUGUGUGUCACAGAGUUUAUCCCAUGCAAAAGAGAUUGACCCAGCAUAUGAAAACCCACUGCGCAGAGAAACCACACAUGUGUGACAAGUGCGGUAAAUCCUUCAAGAAGAGGUACACAUUCAAAAUGCACCUACUGACCCACAUCCAGAGUCUUGGAGACAGCAAGUUCAAGUGUGAGUUUUGCGACUUCAGUUGUGACAACAAGAAGCUGCUGCUCAACCAUCAGCUGUCCCACACCAACGACAGGCCCUUCAAGUGUGACUACUGUAAAUACACCUCUUCUAAAGAGGAAUUCCUGGUCUCCCAUCUAGCCAUCAAACACACAGGAGAAAAGCCUUUCUCCUGCGAUAUGUGUCACUUCACGACCAAGCAUAGGAAGAACCUGCGUCUACAUGUUCAGUGUCGCCAUCCUGAGGCGUUUGAGGAGUGGUCGUCGGCUCACCCUGAGGAGCCUGUGAGGACACGACGCAGACCCUUCUUCACCAUCCAGCAGAUAGAGGAUCUCAAACAACAAAAUGACGACACACAGAGUUUACAGAGCACUAUUGUUGCUGUGGAUUCCGCGACACUACAAGCCAUGCACGGUAUUGAAAAUGCCUCUGUGUCCCAGGAUGCAAUGGGAAACACCACCAUUAUUUAUGAACAAGCUGAAUCCAGUGAACUAUCUGCCCAGAAUGCCCUGGACCUGCUGCUGAACAUGAGCAACGCACGUGAACUGGCUGGAAACGCCUUACAGGUGGCUGUGCUCAAGUCAGAAGGUAAAGUUUUGGAGAAGGGCACUUGGAGCACAGUGACCACAGAACCGGGCCAGACCCAAAAGGUCAUGACCUUCCAUGUGUCUGAGAACGGUGACACGGUGCUACAGGAGGCCUACGAGGCCUCCACCUCUGAAACAGGAGAGCUCGCCCAGAUCGCAAUAGAAGCCUACGAAAGCGGUGGCGACUUCAAUGUGGUGGAGCAGGCUGCUGAAGAAAUUCACAGCCCUGGAUACAGUAAUGAUGAGAGCAGUCCAUCGCAGACUUUAGAUGUCUCUGGAUCAGAGAGCACAAAAAGUGAAAAGUUCUAUCUCACUUCAUCGUUGCCCGAUGGCGUGUUGCAACAAGUAGAGCUGAGCAGUGAAGCUCCAGCCUCUCCCUCUGCAGCGAGCUCUCCCAAUUUCGGCUCCAAGAGGUUCUCCUGCCGGAUCUGUAUGGAGUCUUUCCAUGGACGCUCUGACAUGGAGAACCACAAGAGGGCGCACAUAGAUCCCAACACGUUCAAGUGUCCAGACUGUGACUUUACUUCCUCCUCCUGGCCUGAGGUUAAGGAUCACAUGGAGCUGCACUCCUACUUACGUCCCCACAAGUGUCCAAACUGCAGCUUUGCCUCCAAGAACAAGAAGGACCUGCGUCGACACACGAUGACCCACACCAACGAGAAACCCUUCUCCUGCAAACUCUGCGGGCAAAGGUUUAACCGUAAUGGCCAUCUGAAGUUUCACAUGGAGCGGCUUCACAGUCAGGAUCAUCAUACUCGCAAGACACGUAGCGACUCAUCUCAACAAACCAUCAUAGUCAACAGUGACGAGGAGGCAUUAGCCACGCUACAGUCCCUGCAGGCAAAUCAGACUGUCAUUACUCCAGAGCGGCUGCAGGCCUUGGGACAGGAGCACAUCAUUGUAUCUCAAGAACAGACGCUGUCAGACCAGGAGGAGGGCACAUACAUUCAGCAGAUAACCACCAUAGAUGGACAGACAGUUCAGCACCUGAUGACAGGAGACAACCAGGUCACAGAGGUCCAGUAUAUCAUCUCACAAGAUGGAGUUCCGCAUUUGAUCCCUCAGGAGUAUGUAGUAGUAGCUGACGGUAACCACAUCCAGAUGCCAGAUGGACAGAUCAUCCAGUAUGAGCAUGACGGGACCUUUCUGCAGGAGCAGCAGAUCGCCAUGAGUCAUGAUGGUCAGAUCCAGUAUUUGCCCAUCAGCUCGGAGCAACAUAUGGUGAAUCCUGAAGACCUGGAGGCCGCGGCCGAAUCUGCUGUCACAGCAGAGGCAGAGGCAGAGAUGGCGCAGACUCAGACGGUCUACACUGAAGCUACACCUGAACAGCUGGAACAGCUGCAGCAGCAGGGCAUCCACUAUGAUGUCAUCACCUUCACCGAUGAAGACGUGAUAAUUGCACUGAAGAUGAAGUUUUUCUUUGUCUUUCUUCUUUUACUAGAUAUCCCUCAACUCAACGGGCAGACGAGGAUCAAGGAGUUUGAAGACAUUCUGCUGAGACUCAAAUUCAAUCCAUAUUACAACAGUUACAUCAAGACGUGCUGCAAACUCUACGAAAGGAUUUGUGACCCGCUGCUUGACAGCAAAGGGAACACCAACGAGCUGUUGAGAGGAAGAGUGACCAAAACAGAGGGGAACGGCUGGAUCGAGUUCAAAAUAUCAAACGUUAGGUUACAGGAUGCAGGAAACUACAGAUGCUUUGUGCAGGAAACACCAUACCACAUCUACAUCGACACGUUUUUUGAGGUCGAAGAAUCCUCAAUUCCCCACAGUGUGUCUCAGCCUCCCCUGACGACAACCAUCAAAACCCUCAGCACCUCCAAAUCACGCCAACCAGAAUCCACCGGGCCCGUCCUCUCACAGGAUAACGCCCACAGUCCCAGCAUAACCUGGGGUUUUGGACUGCCCCUAUUGGUCGUUGUGUCAAUCACAGUGAUGAUUGUGAUCACUUUGGUUAUGGGUGUAGUUUACUGCAGAAAGAAGGCAAAACCUGAACAGCCAGACAAAUGUGGAGAAACUCUGUGUGAGUCACAGAAGCAAGAUGCAACGGAAAUGAGUGGCGUCGUCUACACAACAGUGAACUUCAAAGCUCGUGAGGAAUCCAAAGAGCUGUACUCAAACCUGAUGAUUCCCAAAACACGAGCGGCAGCCCCGGACCCUGCAGCGGACACUGAGGCAGUGGAGUACUCCACGCUGGCAAUCCACCAGUGAAUUCAGGGGAAAGUCUCUGAUUUUAACUUGGGGCUAAUUCUAUAUACAUCACUGUUUGUUUGUUUUGUACAUAAUCCCCCUGCCCCCUUCAUGAAUGGAGAAUGAGGGGUCCACCAGCACUUUUGGAGCUUGAACUGCACAACGGACUCUCAGCUUUAUUUGUCUCUUUGUCACUUUUGUGUAUGUACAUGUUAAACCUCUGAUCUACAUCUGAAAAUAUAUACAAGAAGAACCUGGAUUGAUCUGUCCAAAAAUCCAAGAGUCUCCCUACCCUGUCUAGUGCCCCUGAGUAAGGCACCUUACUCCCCCAACAUCUGCUCCCCGAGCGCCAUACAUGGUCGCUCACUGCUCUGUGUGUCCUGCACCAGAUGGGUUAAAAGCAGAGAUUAAAUGUCCCUACCUGCAUGAGUGUGCCUUUGCAUGUCUGUGCAUGUGUUUGGGACUAAUAAAUGCAUCUUGAUGAUUAAAAGAAAUUACCUCUCAUUAUAAUAGGUCAAAAGGUUUGUGUGGAUUCUUUGGGGUAUAAUACUUUUUAAAUCUUCAUGGUCGAAUACGAUUGUUAGCUUGUGACAUCUUAUCUCUUCUCACAACUCUGUUUGUUCUCAUCAGCUUCUUCCAGACUAUAGCCCAGCCUUGCCCUCUGGUAUUUUACCGCUCGAUUAAAUUUUUUUUACA